AUGGAAGAUCAGAGUGGCCGAAUUGCUACAGAUAUAAGUGAAAUAUGGGAACAAACAAAAAUACUACAUGAGAUCAUCUUCUCUCUUCAUAGAUAUGUUCCGUGGAACUACCAUGAAACCCAGCGGGAUGUAUAUAAUUUUUCUGGUGACAAAGAUCUGGAGUAUUUCCUGCAGCUUGCUAGCGAGAUCGGUUUGCUGGUUAUCCUAAGAGCUGGACCUUACAUCUGUGCGGAAUGGGACAUGGGAGGUCUUCCUGCAUGGCUGUUGGAGAAGAAGUCUAUUGUUCUCAGGUCUUCUGAUUCAGAUUACCUGGCAGCAGUAGAGAAGUGGAUGGGUGUCUUGUUGCCAAAGAUGAGGCCUCACCUCUAUGAAAAUGGAGGUCCGAUCAUCAUGGUGCAGGUAGAGAAUGAGUAUGGAAGCUACUUCGCUUGCGACUAUGACUACCUGCGUUUCCUUCUAAAGCUAUUUCGCCAGCAUCUUGGGGAUGAGGUGGUGCUGUUCACAACUGAUGGUGCAAGCCAGUUUCACUUGAGAUGUGGAGCUCUUCAGGGUCUUUACGCAACGGUGGACUUUGCCCCAGGUGGCAAUGUCACGGCAGCAUUCUUAGCUCAAAGGGGCAGUGAACCUAUGGGCCCUUUGGUUAAUUCUGAGUUUUAUACUGGAUGGUUGGAUCACUGGGGGCACCGUCAUUCUGUUGUGCCUGUACAAACUAUAGCUAAAACCCUUAAUGAAAUCCUGUCACGUGGUGCUAACGUUAACCUGUACAUGUUUAUAGGAGGGACUAACUUUGCCUAUUGGAAUGGUGCUAACAUGCCCUAUAUGCCGCAGCCCACUAGUUAUGACUAUGAUGCUCCACUGAGUGAAGCAGGAGAUCUGACAGAAAAAUAUUUUGCCUUAAGGGAAGUCAUUGGUAUGUAUAAGCAGUUACCAGAAGGUCUUAUACCUCCGACAACACCCAAAUUUGCAUAUGGGAAGGUUCGCUUACAGAAGGUGGGCACUGUGGUGGAAGUUCUUGACAAACUGUCAUCUGCAGGACCAGUGAAAAGCACUUAUCCAUUAACCUUUGUUGAUUUAAAGCAGUAUUUUGGGUUUGUACUGUACAGAACUACGCUUCCAAAAAACUGUACAGAGCCAACACAGCUGUCUUCACCUUUCAACGGAGUCCAUGAUCGUGCCUAUGUCUCUGUUGAUGGGGUUCCUCAAGGUGUCCUUGAAAGGGACGAUUCACUUAUGAUAAAUAUAACUGGGAUGGCUGGAGCCAAUCUGGACAUCUUGGUAGAAAAUAUGGGCCGAGUCAACUUUGGUAGAUACAAUAAUGACUUUAAGGGUCUAGUUUCAAAUUUAAGUCUUGGUGAAGAUAUACUUGUUGAAUGGGAAAUCUAUCCUCUAGACAUAGAUGGAGCAGUGAACCAUGACUUUAUUGGCCACCUUGUUCAACCAAGGAGAUCUCUUCGCAAUCCAUCAAGUUAUGAAGUACCUACAUUUUACACUGGUAGGCUUUCGAUUCCUGAAGGGAUCCCAGACUUGCCUCAAGACACCUAUGUCAAGUUUCCUGGCUGGACAAAGGGGCAAAUUUGGAUCAAUGGAUUUAAUCUUGGUCGCUACUGGCCUGCCCGUGGUCCCCAGCUGACCCUUUUUGUUCCAAGGAAUAUACUUGUUUCAUCGAUGCCAAACAACAUAACAGUGUUGGAGCUGGAACAUUCUCCUUGCAGCACCUGGUCAUGCGAGAUCGAAUUUGUAGACAAACCUAAUAUCAACGCAACCACACAGUCUGAAAAUUAUGCCCCCCAACUCUUUGCUAGAGGUGUAUGGCAGAACCGUCUAUAAUGAUUUGAGUAUUUCCUUAUCUUCCCCUUGCUUUGCUUCUCUUUCCCUCAAACCAUACUUCCCUUUUUUAAAGACUCAGUGUUAAUCAGUGAGUUGUUUAACUAAGGCAAUUUAUAAAAUCCUUCAAAGACCUUUUUUUGUUUUUAAAUUGGCCAGAGUUAAAUACUGACAUUCUCUUAAAAAAUAAAAUGUGUAACUUCAGAGUUAGCCUUGGACUGUGAAAUUGAACUCAACUGGAAGAUAACGUUUGCAUCAGUCUGCUAAAAAUAUAGUCCUUGUAGGCUGCAUAUAUUACAGGAACCCUCUUAGACUUUUUCUUUCACCGUGUUUUGCAGCUGGAAAGGAGCCCUCAAAAAGGAUGUGCAGUCCUGCUGGUUUGCUGGUUUCACUCAUAUGGACUGGUAGAUUAGACACUUUCAGCUGAUUUUAUCAUCUGGUUGGUAUCAAUGUCAUGUCAGUCUGAAUGGGGUCACUGCCAAUGUUCGGCAGACCUCAUUUUUUUUUUCACUUCUAUGCAAGCGACCCUAGAAAAAUUUCACUUGGUUUCUUAUGGGAGCGGUAAAAAUGACUGUGAAAGAGAGCUGGUCUGAACAGCAGUAACAUGGAGAGGGACCUUGUAGUCUGCAUUUGUCCUCUCUUGGAAAGCCAAUUUACUGCUUCCCUUCUGCUAUCUCUGAAGACUUUAAGUAAAUUGAUAAGUAGAAGGACAUACCUAAGAUUUAGUCCAUUUUGAUUGGCCUAUAGCCUCUGAUUAACCUGCCUAUGUGGAAUGUAGUCUUAAAAUGAGUCUGUUUUCCUUUAGUGGAACUUUUUUCUUUUAUUUCUUUUUUUUCUAAUGGGCUUGCAGUACCUGUUUUUCAUAGGCCAGCACUUUGGAAGUAGGAAGCUUUAAGUUAAAUAAUUUUAAUUCUCUUUUAGCCAUUUAUUUACAUAAUGUAUUUUGUUCCAGUAAACUGAUGAUUCUUUUAAGUGCCUAAUAUUUGCAAAGAUGCACAAUCUGUCAGUAAAGCUGACUUCCUGCAGCAGACAGAAGUCACCAUCCCUGGAGGCAUUUAAACAAUGUGGUGCUUAGGGACAUGGUUUAGUGGUGAGCCGGCAGUGUUAGGUUUACAGUUGGACUUGAUCUUAAAGAUAUUUUCCAACCUAAAUGACCUGUGAUUCUGUGAUUUUUUUUUUUUUUUUUUUUAUUACUGUGGUUUUGAUGUCAAUCAUGCAAACUCCUUGGUGAGAUUUAAAUGAGAAAAGACUAAGUUGAUGGAAUCAAGCACUUUCAUAAUCUAUGGUUUCUUCCUUAGAUUUUUGUCUAAUGUUAUUAAAAUGGUUCUUUAAAAAUUAAAUCGUACUUCUGUGUGUUUGAAAAGGAAAAAGGAGAGGAGAAAGAGUUAUGAGCAGUUACAGUAUUAAGGGAGAAAUGAGGUUGUAACAUCACGGACAAGGAGGUAUUCUUGUUGAUGUCUUGUUUGUUUUCUGUUAUGAAGAUCUGUGCGAAGUAAAGCAAAACAAAGUAGCUGUAAAGGGCUAUGUGGACCCUGGAGAUGCCACUCUUCUCAGAGAUGCAGACACUGACUAUUUCUUCUCAGCUGAUGAGGACUGAUACUGUCUCUGGAGGAGAGAGUGAAAAGGGGCACCACUCACUUGAGCGUCUACAUCUCUGCUGUGUGUUUGACAUGUUUGAUGGGCAGACGUGUGGUUCUCUUGAGCCAGAGAGCUUCUAUUCUUAAAUUCUCACCUCAAAUGCAAAGUCUAAUGGCUGUGGGCUGUUUUCAAUA